CCACACCCACCCGUGGACCCCGCUUGUGGAGUGGUAGGGGUCGUAAAAGGGGGGGUGGUGGGGGGGGUUGCGAUGGCGUUCGUGAUGGAGGGCCCGCUGAGCAAGUGGACGAACGUGAUGCAGGGAUGGCAGUACCGCUGGUUCGUGCUGGACUACAGCGCGGGCCUCCUCUCAUACUACACGUCCAAAGACAAGAUGAUGAGAGGGUCCCGACGGGGCUGUGUUCGACUCCGGGGAGCGGUGAUUGGCAUCGACGAUGAAGAUGACAGCACUUUCACCAUCACCGUGGAUCAGAAAACUUUCCACUUCCAGGCGCGUGACGCAGACGAGAGGGAGAAGUGGAUCGGAGCGCUCGAAGACACGAUCCAGAGGCACUCGCUGCAGCUGAGGGACCCCGAGCUGAACUUGACGCCAGGUGGCGGGGACUUUGAGCGGAAACUGGCGGAAGCUGACGCCUACCUGCAGAUCCUCAUUGAGCAGCAGCAGUGCUUCGAUGAGAAACUCAAGCUAUGCAAGGAUGAAGAGCAAAGGAGGAAGGUGGGAGAACUCAAAGGGAUCUCCAUGAACAUGGUGGAGUCCAUAAAGCACUGCAUCGUCUUGCUGCAGAUCGCCAAGAGCUCGCUGAACCCGGUGGAGACCGUGAGGGACGGGGACGGUGAGGAAGCGGUGGUGGCGCACGCCGGUACGGCAAGCGGCCGCCCGGAACUCACGUGCGCCGGUUCCCGCGGGGAUCGGCCGGCGGGCGGAGGGACGGCGUCGGCGGAAGCGCGCCCCACGACGCUCCACGUGUCCUCCCCCGCGGCACCGUCGCUCGGCCUCGACAAGCCGCCGCCGCCGCCGCCGCCGCCGCCGCCGCUGCCGCCGCCGCACGCCAGGGACGACGGCGGAGAGGACGGUGGGCGGCGCGGGUGGCGGGGAGUGGCGGCGCAGCGGUUAGCGCUGCGAGGUCGGCGGCCCCGAGUUCGACUCCCGCUCUUACCGAGUAGUUACCGAGUCGCCGUCGUCUGCCACCCCAUCGCAGGCAGCGGCAGCAGCGGCGGCGGCGGCGACGAUGACGACGACGACGACUUUGAGGAGGAGGCGGCGGUUGUGGUGACGUCGCCGUGUGACGUCGCCGGAGUCCCCCACAUCUCCUACUCGAGCAGCGAGGACGAGUUCUACGACGCCAACGACAGCGACGCCAACGACAGCACGUCGCCCAAGCCCCCGCGCACGUCAUUGGGAGCCUCGGGCCUCAAGCACCCCGCCACCACCGAGUCGCUGGCCUCCAUCGCCUCGGGCUGUACCAACGACGAGCGCUACGACGCGCAGGACGAGAACGACUCGGAGGAGGGCGAGUCGGUGGAGGACCACAAGAGCGUCAUCAUGCACCUGCUGUCCCAGGUCAAGCUGGGCAUGGACCUCACCAAGGUGGUGCUGCCCACCUUCAUCCUGGAGCGGCGCUCGCUGCUGGAGAUGUACGCCGACUUCUUCGCUCACCCCGACCUUUUCGUCAGCGUGGCGGGUGGCGUGGACGCUCGCGAGCGCAUGGUGAGCGUCGUGCGCUGGUACCUCUCCUCCUUCCACGCCGGGCGCAAGGGGUCGGUCGCCAAGAAGCCGUACAACCCCAUCCUGGGCGAGACGUUCCACUGCCACUGGACGGUGCCCGACCACCACCACCACCACCAGCAGCAGCAGCAGCAGCACGCGGCCGUGCCGGCCGUGCCGGCGGAAGAGACCAGCCAGGAGCUGGCGGCGGACGGGCCGGUCCCGUGGGCGACCAAGGGCAGCGUGACGUUCAUUGCGGAGCAGGUGUCUCACCACCCACCCAUCUCGGCCUUCUACGCGGAGUGCCACUGCAGGAGGAUCCAGUUCAACGCUCAUAUCUGGACCAAGUCCAAGUUCCUGGGCAUGUCCAUCGGUGUGCACAACAUCGGGCAAGGCUGCGUCUCUCUGCUGGAUCACGACGAGGAUUACAUCAUCACCUUCCCCAACGGAUACGGACGGUCUAUCCUGACGGUGCCGUGGGUGGAGCUGGGAGGGGAGUGCACAAUCAGCUGCGCAAAGUCGGGCUUCACGGCCACCGUCAACUUCCACACCAAGCCCUUCUAUGGGGGCUCCAAGCACCGCAUCAGCGCGGAAAUCCUCUCCCCGAACGAGAAGAAGCCCUUUGUGUCGAUCGAGGGCGAGUGGAACGGCACUAUGCACGCCAAGUGGAGCACGGGGGAGAGCAGCGUCUUUGUGGACACCAAAUCCAUUCCCAUCACCAAGAAGAAGGUGCGGAGGAUCGAGGACCAGGGAGAGUUCGAGUCACGGCGGCUGUGGCGUGACGUGACGAGCAGCCUCAAGGCGGGAGACAUCGACCGCGCGACCGACGCCAAGCACCACCUGGAGGAGCAGCAGCGGGCGGAGGCGCGCGGGCGCAAGGAGAGCGGGGAUGCCUGGCGCACCAAGUUAUUCCACGAGGAUGGAGAGUGCUGGAUUUAUGACAACCCGCUCAUCAAGAGGCUGGCGCCGGCUCAGGAGUGACAGAGAACACGCCAACACGCCACGUAUCGUUACACCCCGAUGUAAACUAUACACUUUGUUUUUAUUUUACCAGGCAAGGCCCCACUGAGCGAUGUAGCUCUUUUUUUUCAGACACGACCUGGCCAUCACAAACGAUAGCUCAACCAAGUGGCUCAUCAUCAUCGCGUGGAAAUUUCCAG